AUGUUAGCAUCUCCUUUUACAGUAGUUAGAUUUUCUGACUUUUUUAUUGCAGAUCAAUUAACUUCUUUAUCUGAUGUUUUAUUUGAAUUACAAUUUAUUGGUUGUAUUUAUCCUGCAACUUCAAAAUUUUCAACAAUUUCUUUAUUUUGUUCUUCAACUAAAAGUUUAGGAAUUCCAAUUUUAAAUUACAUUCCAUAUCAUGUUAGAUUAAUGCAAUGUUUAAGAAAAUAUUAUGAUACUAGACAAAAAAUGCAUUUAUUAAAUGCAUUAAAAUAUUUUUCAUCAUGUUUAGUCAUUAUUAUUGCAUUUAUUGAUAAAUUAACAUUGGAUAAUUCUAAUAAUAUAUUAAUUGGAUCAUUUACAAUAUUACGUAUUAUAUAUAUUAUUAUAAAUAUUAUUUCAACAUGUUUAAAAUUAUAUUGGGAUUUACGUGUUGAUAUGGGUUUAUUUGAAAAGAAAACUAAAUAUUGGGGAUUAAGAUCUAAAUUAAUAUUUUCACCUCAAUAUUAUUAUAUGGCCAUGUUUAGUAAUAUUAUACUAAGAUGGGUUUGGUUACCAUUUUUAUUUGUUAAAUCAUUUGUUAAAAUUGAAAAGGAAACAUUGGAAUGGAUUUUAUACUUGUUUGUAUUUUUGGAAAUUUUAAGAAGAUUUAUUUGGAAUAUUUUCCGUAUUGAACAUGAAAAUAUUGCAAAUAUAGAAAAUUAUAGAGCAACUAAGGAAAUUCCACUUCCAUUUGAUACAACAACUGGUACUGCACGUGUUGAACAGGUUGAAUCUAAACGUAGAUUUUUAAAUAAUUUUAAUAAUUCAAAAUAUGGUAAUAAUUUUAUGAAGGCUUUAGAUUUUAUCAAAUCAAAUUUAUUAUGUUUUGGUCAACGUUAUGAUGAUGAUGAAAUGUGGAUUAUUGAUGAAGAAGAAUUAGAAAAAUUGAGAAGAGAAAAUGCAAAGAGACCAAAUUUACAAAUUCAAUUAACUUUACCUUUUGAUUUGGAUGCAUUGAGAAGACAAUAUGGAAUUGGUAAUGAUACAACUAAUAAUAGUACUACAUUAUCCAAUGAUGGUCCAAUUGCUGGUGAUAAUAACACAGAUAAUAAUGGAAGAGGAGUUAAUCAAGAAAAUGUCUAA